UGCACUGGGGCUGUGCUCUAAUGUUCUUCCAUUACUUGGUUGAAAGGAGCUGAUCAGUUUCAGAGAAACAGUGAGCUAGAAACUUUCCACAGGAGUGCAGAAGAAGUGUAAAAGAAAUUUCUUUUGGCCUGUGCAGAGUACAACCAAGUUUUAAUUUCAAACUUCCCUGCAGAAUAUUUCUGAAGAAUUCUGCUCUGAAAGAAGUCUUUACCUACACACAGGCACACCCACAGAUACACAAAGAAAUUUAAUGAAAAGGGAUCAUUAAGCAAAAAGCUGACAAAGAGGAGCAGCAGCACCUUUUUCCAAGCUUCGAGCGUGGAGAAUAAGAAGUGAACUGCUAUUGGCAUCUUCCUUUUCAAGUUACAUUAACUUGCUUUUCUUCAGAUUCCUGUGGGACAUUCUUGAGCCAUCAUGAAUGUAUUUCGGAUCCUGGGAGAUAUCUCUCAUCUCUUAGCUAUGAUAAUUUUGCUACUGAAAAUCUGGAGAUCAAAGUCAUGUGCUGGUAUUUCAGGAAAGAGUCAGAUCCUUUUCGCACUUGUUUUCACAAGCCGCUACCUUGACCUCUUCACAAACUUCAUCUCCUUCUACAAUACCAUCAUGAAGGUUAUUUUCUUACUUUGUGCCUAUGCUACUGUGUUCCUGAUCUAUGGAAAAUUCCGGAAAACUUUUGACAGCGAAAAUGAUACUUUCCGUCUUGAAUGCCUUUUGGUUCCUGUCACAGGUCUCUCAUUUUUGGAAAACUACAAAUUCACUCCUUUAGAGAUACUAUGGACAUUUUCAAUUUAUCUAGAAUCAGUGGCUAUCCUUCCACAACUUUUUAUGAUUAGCAAAACAGGUGAAGCUGAGACAAUCACAACACAUUACCUUUUCUUCUUGGGCCUCUAUCGUCUGCUUUAUCUUGCCAACUGGAUCUGGCGUUAUCACACAGAAAACUUCUAUGAUCAAAUUGCUAUUGUUUCUGGAGUAGUACAGACAAUCUUCUAUUGUGACUUUUUUUAUCUCUAUGUCACCAAAGUACUAAAAGGGAAGAAACUGAGUCUCCCAGUACCUAUAUGAAGACAUGCACAACUGAAGAAAGCAUAUGAAGUCCCGGCUUCAGGAUUGCAAGACUCUUUUUCCAUGUGGCUACUUGCAUUCAGAGCAUAUGACUUUUUCUUUACAUUUUGACUAGCAAACUCAAUUGUGCCAGAGGGACUGAGGCCUAAAUAACUCAUAUUUCUGAGCUUAACUAUUUAGUGUGGAAGACAACUUAUCUGGAAUUUUUUGUUCAGAAAUGUUCCUUCAAUGACUGAACUCUUCUUAUAAUAAAUAAAAGUCUUUAACUAUAUGCACCCAUUUGAUCUCUGUGCAGGUGAAAUUACUCCAAAGGUAAAAUUGUGUUCAUUUUAAUCCAUAUUAACAAUAGUCUAAUUGUAAAUUCUAAAUUAAGCCAAGAAGUCCUGACAAUUCCAGAAUACUUUUGUUUUGAUGAGUUUUUUUGAGUAAUUUGAUGGUUGAUACUGCUAUAGCUUACGUUCAGGUUUUCAAAUAAUGGGUUUUUAUUUGGUGUCACUGUAAUUUUUCCCAGAUUAUUUCCUCAGUAAUAAAUAAAAGCCAUACAGGGAAUGCCAGCAUGUGAGGAAAAACAUCCAGUUAUAAUAAUCUGGCAAAUAAGGAGAAACACAAUUUCAUAUACUCACUGGAUUAACAAACCACGGCUUGUUAACAAAAUCACAAUGGCUGGGUUCAUAUAUAUUAGAUGAAAACUAAAGAAACCAGAUUAUGAUUUAGCCAUUAUAUCCUCUAUUAUAGCCACACCCUAUUCUAAAAACUUCAGACAAACUUCAGCUGUUUAAAGAUUAAAACAGCUGUGACCUAAUAUUCCUUCCUAAAAGAUCAAUGUUUCCUCUAGGGUUGGAUACGACAUAUUUUUAAAUAUUCAACUGCAUUUUUAAAUAAAAACAAGAUUCCUGGAUUUUAUUGACAACAGUGUUUUUAUUCAUACCUACAAAAGAAAACAAGAUGGUAUCAAAAGGACAAUUUACAAACUAAUAGUAACAUAGCUUUUUAAUAUACUGUGCCUGAACAUCACAGAGCUAUGAAUCUCUUUUCAAGUCUUUAUUAACAGAACAGGAAUGUGUUCAAAUACCAAUGUGGGAUAAAACAGUCCAAUGAUUCAACCCAAGAAGCCUGCAGGGUUUUAAGAGUCUGUAUCUUUUAACUGAACAAAGCCUACACAAUAACUUUUGUAGAAGGGAAUAUAUGCUAGAUAUUGGUACAUUUACUGAGCAAACAAUGGAUAUUACUAAUUGCCAAUAUUUUUUAAGCUGGUAAGUGGAAAUAAGCUGUACAUGUCAGAGACCAAUGGUUUGUUAAUGCUCGGUCUGAGCAUAACACACUCUAAGCUGUAACUAUCUUCAAGCUACAGGACAGCACUGCAAGGCCCUAAUACACUGGCAAAGAUGAAGACCAAACCCCUUUAAAGAUAAUGGGGAAGAAUUUAUUCUGCCCCUCCUCCUCUAGGCCUGUAGAUUCAUUUCUGCAUGAACAGCAGCUCCAUGAUGUUUUUAUUAGGAAAGGAAAUAAAGAUCAGGCAGCAUUCAGUAGAUGAAUGUUCAUUUCUAAUCUUUUCAACAUUGAAGGUAACUGCCAACAUCUCCUAAUUAUGAUUAUGGAAGCCAAAUUGGGCACAAGGAAUUUAACUAGAAAGCCUUUAUUGUACAUGGUCUGUACCAACAACCUACCUGUAUGAUGUGCGCAGACACACAAGUGGUUUAUCAUUCCCCAGCCUGCUCCCUUAUUGAGAAACACAUAUUUAAGUCCCAUUUUUAUAAGCCAAACCCACAUUACUAUAAAUAAUUGGGCUGUCUUGUUUUAACUACCUAUUUCCCAAAACUGAAAAAAAAAAAAAAGGAAAAGAAAGGAAAAAAGAAAACCCCACAGAUUCUGCCUCUCAAGACAAAAGAGAUUUUCUGCCAUGUUUAUCUGGACAUGACAGGUGAAGCCAACUACUACCAACUUUCUC